CUUCGAGGUCACCGCACGCGCUCUGCUGUCACCGCAGAGGGGGCGGGGUCUCUAUACAAGCCGCUGCUCCCCGGGGCCUCGCGGCACAGUGCGCCCAUGUCCUCACCUCUUCAUCCGCACGCGGGUGCAGGCGCGCCGUGGGCCGAGCUGCGCUCUGAGAACGGUCUGGACAAUGAUGAAGACAAUGACGAUGAAGAUCUGGAGGACGCAGUGGACGCGCAGCGCCUGCAGAGCUUCAUGCGGUGCCGCAGAAGGGCCCGCUCGCUCCCCGCGUGCACCGGCGCGCUGCUGGACUCCGAGUGCGGUCGAAAGCGCGUAACGUUCGCAGACUCCAUGGGGCUGACGCUGGCGCGCGUGAAGCACUUCAGUGCGCACGAGGACCCACAGAUCCCGUCCAAGGUGCUGUCCCGCCACAAGAGCUUCCCGCUUCAGCAGCAAGACCUGCACGCGCUCAGCCAGAGCCUCCUGGACCCGGACCGCCUCGUGCCCUGCUUCCCGGAGCUGCGGGACGCAGAGCGCCGAGUCCGGACGCUGCGCGUGUGUCUGGAGAAGGUGGCGGUCACGCAGCUGGAUGUGCGCGCGCAGAUUCGGGUCCUUACGCCCGGAACCGUGUCAGAGGUUGGGCUUAGGUACACCUUCAACGACUGGCAGUCACACGUGGACGCGCAGGCUCUACCCGCGUGCGCUGAGGACCCGGACCUGUUGGGGCAACGGUUUUGCGUCACGGUCUACACCCCCCCCUUUCUGGAGUCCGGUGCCGCGGUGCACUUCGCCGUGUACCUGCGGGGGGAGGACGGCGAGUUCUGGGACAAUAAUGACGGCAGCAACUACACGCUCCGGUACCGCAGCGCGUGCGGCGACGCGCCCUUCACAAGCGCCGCGUUCGAGGCCACCUGAGGCGCGCGUCAGCGCUGCGUCAUGAUCGGCGCUUUCCUCUGCAGAACAGCAGAAGCAGACCUGUUGGCCCCAGGUUCUGGUUCCUAUAAUCGUGUAGCGCCACCUGCUGGCAGGAAUGCAGACCAUGAACAACUGUAACUGCAGUGGCCAGCAAGAAUCAUAGGAAACCAGGAAUGUGCGACUAAGUCUGUAGAACCAACAAACACCGAAGCUACAAGGAAAACAACAACAAAAGCUGCAACUUCUGCUCUGAGUUUACUUGUUUACCAAAAAAUUGUACCGAUUGCAUAAAUUUCUUCCACAUCUCACCUCUUUUAUCCACAUGGUAUCAUCAGAACCCCCAAACAAAGAGGCAGAUGUUCUGAGAAUGCUGUCAGAUUCAUGAGUUUUUGUUGCCUUUAGAGUUGCUCUUUGGUCACUUUCAGCUGCUGCAGAUCCGACAUGGAUCGAACGUCUGCAUCUGCUGAUGAUGGAUAAAGGAACGUGUUUUCCUGUGUUUUGAAUGUCCUGGAGAUCAGCCUCUUCAUCCUUUGAAACAUGGCAAAAAGUGAAACCCUGGCCUUAGUGAAUGUUCUGAGCCAAAGAGCGACUGCAGGGUCAAUUAGAAAACAUAAAAAAUGAAAUCUUUCUAACCUGAAACACGUCUGUGCUUUUGUUUCGUGUGCUUUUCUCCAGUUGACAUGGGAAUGUCUGACAUUUUCCGUGUGACCUGAACAUUUACAGAACGAUUUUUAUUUUAAUUGAAUUGAAUAAAAACAGUUAAAGACGUCA